ACGUGGAUGUUAAUGUUAUUUUCUUAUGUAACAAGACUUGUCUGCUUUACUUCAUGUCUUUUGAUUCAUUCCUUCAUAAAUACAUUAGUAUAAUAUUGAUCAUCGACCAACAUAAAUUUGUGCUAAGGGGGGUUGGAGGGUUAAUUUAAAAAAAUAAUAAAGGUAUCAGUAACUGUAAUAACAUUUAAUAGUAAGCCCUACUUAGCACAAAAAAAAAAAAGUAUAUUAAUCACAAGCAAAUACUAAAUCUUGAGUGAAAUCGAAGCGGUCUGGAAACGGCGUCGUAUGGUUUCCUUCUUCAGUUUGAGUUUCGAGAUUCAACGCCCCCACAUCUUUAGGCUUUUCAACUGUAACCGGCUGUACCCAUAGUUGUUUCAUUUUGCGAAUUUGGUUUGAAAAUGAGGAAACUGGCGAGACGAUUUGGAAAUUCUAAGGAUGACAAAUUCACUCUCCCAACCCUCGACGAUUCUCGUCCCAUGGAUACCAACGAACAAGAGGAGUUGGUCCGAUCGCUCGAAAGGAUGCAUGCUUACCAAAGUCUUCAAUGGAAAAGCGUGUUUGCAGCACUUCUCUUUUGUUAUUCGGCGUUUCUUCUAUACUCCAUCUAUCAGCAGGCUUUUUUCCCAUGGGAACUGCGGUACCAUGCUUACUUCAUGGAAGAGGUUGAUUCAUGGAUAAUAAUAACUGCAGAUUGGCUAGCUGUUUUGGCUUGCUCAAUGGCCAUUAUGGGUCUAUUCAAUAAUUCAAAGGAUCACAGAAGAUGGAUUUGGUACUCAUGCUCUCUAGGCCUUAUGCUUGCAGUUUUCUGGUUAUAUUACAUGCUGAGAAUGCCAAAAUUCCGUUGGGAUGUUAUCUGGCUUCCUGUUGGGCCCUUGAGUGGAUCUGGGGUAUGUCUCUACGUGGACCAUCUCCUUUCUGAGUCAUCAGAAGAAGUGAGAAAACUCAGAAGCUACAUGUAUGCUUUUAAAGCUGGCUAGAAGUCUGUUUCCGCUCGGUAUCAGAUUGUCUAACAGGAUUUAGAAUUAGAAGCAGCUUUUGUUAGGUCAUGGGGGUUGAAGAAAGAAUGUCCAAUGCCAUAGUUUGGCAGCUGAGAACUUAUCUUCAUUUCUCUGCACUACAUAGAGAACUACCUCUUCACCAGUAAUUCUCACUGGACAGACUGGAACAAAAACCAGAAUUGGAGGAUUCUUGUUUUGUUUUUUUUAA